CAGAGGGAUCACUUGUUGCUCUGUUUAUUUGCUAUUUUUCAGGAUAAGACAAUGGCACUUGUUGGAAAGAUGCUGAAAUUUGAUUGGUCGAGUAUAUCUUACGAAGAAAUGACUAUGACUCUGAUGUCAAAGAUUGCAAAGCGUCAGAAGAACCCAGAAAUGAAAAGCAAUAUAAGUGAGCUUGUCACUGAAGAUGGUUGCAAAGUCUACCUGGUUGGCACAACUCACUUCAGUAAGCAAAGCAUCAAAGAUGUACAACAGAUUAUCCGGGAAGUGCAACCAGAUGCUGUGGUGUUGGAAGUUUGCCAAUAUAGAGAACAACUUUUAACAUUAGAUGAACAGUUAUUAUUAAAUGGAAACAAGACAUUUGACACCUGCACAAUGCUGCAAUCAAUGAAGCAGUUUGGAUUGAUGCAGACAUUGUGGUCAAUGCUGUUCCUGAGAAUUUCAGCUUAUCUGAUUGAGGAGCUAGGCAUGGCCCCAGGUGGGGAAUUCAGGAAAGCUUUCAGAGAGGCUCAGAAAAUACCAUUUUGUGAUGUUUAUUUGGGGGACCAGUCAAUCUUCAUUACUUUCCGAAGACUUGCUGCUGUGCUUUCCUUCUGGGACCUGGUGAAGGCAUUUAUAGGCUUUGUUUACAUCAAAUACAAUACUGUUCCAGUUGGCAAAAUGAUUAUGAAGGAGCUGAAACAAAAGGAUAGGCUGGAGGAAGAAAUCCAAAUUACAAUGAAGGAAGUUCCUGGGUUGUAUCGUGUUUUAAUAACAGAACGGGAUGCCUAUUUAACACAGUCACUGAAGCAAGCAGCAAAGCCUAUAGUACUACCUAAAAUUUUACGAUCUGACGCUCAGAAGGUUAUACCAUCAGUUGUGGUCGGAGUGGUUGGAAUUGGCCAUGUGGCUGGAAUUAAGAAGAACUGGAACAAGCAAUUUAACACUCAGGAAUUGCUCCGGUUGCCAAAUCCUUCUCUGUCUACAAGGGUUUUGCAGGUGGCUUUUAUUGUUACCAUAUAUGGCCUGAAGAUGAUCUUUUAUUACAAAAUAGCACAAACAUUGCUUUGGUUAUUUUAUUAA